CCACCAGUGAUUAAAUUCACGACGUACAGCAACUUUCCAAGGUCAUAAAAGUAAUUUAAUAUAUUCAACCCCGUGACGCGCUCACGCGAUACCCGUUCGAGGCGGACGCACGCCACACGCCCACGCGUGUCACUCAAACCCCAUACUCGCCCCCCUUCUUCCUUCACACAAAUUUCGUUUCAUUCUGCAGAAAUUUCAAGGCUUGUCCAAAAUUGCGUCUUUCUUCCCUUCUUUUUUUAAUUACUUGAAAAACUCACCAUUUUCUGGUUUAUUUCAAUCAGCAAAGCUCUAUAAAAUGGCUUCCGAAACCGCUGAUCCCGUAAAUGUGUCUACGAGAAAAUGUCACAGUAGUAGUAAAAAGAAUGCUGCAAAAAUCCCCCGGAAAAUUCAUAAAGCCGAGAGGGAGAAGCUGAAACGUGACCGUAUGAAUGAAUUAUUUCUAGAUCUGGGCCGAACACUCGAUCUAGAUCAUCCGAACAAUGGCAAAGCUUCUAUACUAAGAGAAACCGUUCGACUCCUAGGAGAAUUGCUAACUCAGGUCGACAAUUUGAAGAAGGAAAACACAACUCUUUUGUCCGAAUCUAAUUACGUCACGAUAGAGAAGAACGAGCUUCUAGAGGAAACUCUAACCCUAGAUGCUCAAAUCAAGAAUCUGCAGAGAGAAAUCGAAGAGAGGGCUGAUAACAAUAAUUGCUCAAACUUAGAUGUUAAUACUCAAUCUCAGAGCAAUGGUACAACACAUGUACCAGUAGAAGAACAUGUUUCGUUUCCUCUGGUUGUUCAUGCGUCGGAAUCAACUUCUGCUGUGGGUCCCGUUUUUGUGGUGCCAUUACAUCACGAAUCCCAAUUAGGUUUGCUCAAUCCGUUUAAUAUUGAGGUUGAUAUGGAUAUGCCUAAGGCACGUUCGAAUGUGAGCAGGCCACGUGCGCGUUAUCCUUCGUCUUAUGAUUCUUGGCCGUCUCAUAUUCUUACCACCAAUCAGCCGAAUUUGAUUGAAGAUGUUUGAGAAAAUUAUUUUGAUUUAGGGACCUAAGUUAAAUUUGUAACUACUUUAUGCCUUUGGUGCGUUUUAAUGUGGGUUAGUCAUUGUUUAUAUUCGUUUACUUUUAUUUGUGAUGUUGGCAACGAGUUCCCUAUUGAUCGAAAAACUGUAAAUGAUUUGAGCUUCUUUGUAAGAAUAGGAACACUAGAUUGAACGAAACA